AUGUCACAGCCGGCCAGUUCUCCACUAAGGGCUGGCUCCCCAGAAAAAGCGGCAGUUCGGGAGAACCCAUCCCACUACCUGCACUCAAAUCGAAAGAACAUCAAGGAGAAUGUAUUAUCUACUGCCUUCAAAACUCUGGCUUUCGCUACAGACAUGUUGACUGCUCAGGCAACCACAACAGCUCAGGCGGAUAAGGCUGCCCCUCCUUGGUUCUCAACGCCUAGAACAAACACGGCGACUGGCGCGACUGACUUCUUCAAGAAUGGCUAUUACAUCUUCAAGGGUGCUGUCUCCAAGGAGAAGGCCACUGUGUACUAUUACAAGAAGUCCCUCGACUGGUUGCAGUCGUUUGACAAUGGUUUCCACCUCAACGGCAAGGAAACAUGGACAAAGGAGCAUCUGCCCCAGAGCUUCAAGAACAUAGAUCUCUCUUGUGUCCAGGGUCUGAUAAAUCUGGCCAUUGCUGGUCCCAAGGACGGCGGUCUUUUGCUCGCAAUUGGUUCAUCGGUCCUCUUCGAGGAGUACUUCGAUACCAAUGGCACUCGUCCUCGCUUGAGCAAUGAAGCCAAGCAUCAUGAUCUCUACCGUUUCCAGCCAGAUGAAAUUGAGCGGAUUGAGUCUGAGCAGAUCCGCAGCGUUCUUUACGUCUGCAUGAUGCCGAGGGCCUUGGCCUCACCGGAAGAUUUGGCCUUGAAGAAAGAUAUCUUCGAGAAGUACGAGGCAACCACCCACUGGCCUCACUGCAAUAUCUGGCGUCAGGGCAAGGCUCAGAAAGAUGGAAAACGGGAUCCACUGGAGCGGGAUGAGCCUCUUGAGAAGCCGGUCGUGACGGACCAGAUCCUUCACCUUGCUGGUAUCCAGCCUUACAAUGACUAG